AUGGCCGCCACAAGCAAUGUGACUGAAGUCAUUUUCUUGGGAUUUUCCCAGGACAGGAAUGUGCAGAAAGUCAUUUCCGUGAUGCUUCUCCUCAUGUACAUGGCCAUCGUCCUGGGCAACGGUCUCAUUAUAGUGACCGUCAUGGCUGGCAAAGGGCUCACCUCCCCCAUGUAUUUCUUCCUCAGCUUCUUGUCCUUUGUGGAGAUCUGUUACUGCUCUGUCACAGCUCCCAAGCUCAUCUUUGACCCUUUUAACAAGAGGAAAGCCAUUUCCCUCAAGGGCUGCUUCACACAGAUAUUUUUCCUCCAUUUCUUUGGAGGCACCGAGAUCUUCCUUCUGACGGUGAUGGCCUAUGACCGCUAUGUGGCCAUCUGCAAGCCCUUGCACUACGUCUCCAUCAUGAACCGGAGAGUGUGUGGCCUCUUGGUGGGGGCGGCUUGGGGUGGGGGCUUGCUGCACUCUCUCGGGCAAACCUUCCUCAUUUUCCAGCUGCCCUUCUGCGGCCCCAACAUCAUUGAUCACUACUUCUGUGAUGUCCACCCGGUGCUGAAGCUGGCCUGCUCCGACACCUUCCUGAUUAGCCUGCUAAUCAUCGUGAACGGCGGCUCCAUCUCGGUGAUCAGCUUCGCUGUGCUGCUGGCUUCCUACGCGGUGAUCCUGCACUCCCUGCGGAGCCACACCUCAGAAGGGCGGCGCAAGGCUCUCUCCACCUGCGCCUCUCACCUGGUGGUUGUGAGCCUGUUUUUCAUCCCCUGCUCCUUUGUCUACAUGAGGCCCUGUGUCACCUUUGCUGCAGACAAGAUAGUCGCUGUGUUCUACACGGUGCUCACACCUCUCCUGAACCCCGUCAUUUACUCCUUCAGGAAUGCCGAGGUGAAAAAUGCCGUGAGGAGGCUCAUGAGGAGGAAGGUGAUGCGGGAAGAGAAAUAGAUGAUUUAGUAAGGCAAGACAGGGCGAAUAGGAGACGGGAAAUCGGGGCACCUAGGGCUGCACUCUGCCUUCAUCCUACCUGACCUUGGGUCAGUCUCCUUCUUUAUUCCAGUUUCCUCAUCUAAGAAGGACUGGACAAGACUGGAGACAUCUCCUGCCUGGAGUCUGAGGAUCCCCUACAGUUCCACGUCUGGCAGUGGCCAUGAGGCAGAUAGGUUGCCCUGGAGAGGGAACUCUUCCAGAAAUGUUCCAGGUCAGUCUGGGAACAGUGGAGAAGGAGAGGGGAGAGGAUGGGAAGGACCAUGUCAAGGAACCACUGGUCCAUAUGUCCUUUGCGUGGGAGACAGCUGAGCCUUGGUUUUGAGACUUGAAAGGGCAGGGAGAGAUUUAGUGAUCACUGGUGUGCUUAGAAAUCCUGCCGACCUGACACACUCAGGAUUU